AUGCCAACACCCCAGUAUAACUCUCUUGCAGUAUGUUGAUGAUCUCUUAAUAGCGGCAAAAUCCCCAGAGGCCUGCAUCCAAGGAACAAAAGACCUCCUAAAAACCUUGGGAAACUUAGGUUAUCGAGCCUCAGCUAAAAAGGCCCAGAUCUGCAGGCCAGAGGUAACCUACUUGGGGUUCUACUUAGAGGGGGACAGCGUUGGCUAACAAACGCUCGGAAAGAAACUGUCCUACAGAUCCCCAGACUGCAGUCAACACGACAGGUAAGAGAGUUCCUGGGAUCUGCAGGGUUCUGCAGACUCUGGAUACCUGGCUUUGCUGAAUUGGCAAAACCCCUCUAUCAGGCUACCAAAGAACAGCAGCCCUUCAAUUGGACUGAAGAGGCUGAGCAAGCUUUCCAGCAAAUCAAAACUGCUCUGCUCUCGGCCCCCGCGCUGGGUCUUCCGGAUGUCUCUAAGCCUUUCCACUUAUACGUGGACGAAAGCCGGGGCAUAGCGAAAGCAGUAUUAACUCAAAAUUUAGGUCCCUGGCGCAGACCAGUUGCAUACCUCUCAAAGAGACUGGACCCGGUAGCUGCAGGAUGGCCUCCUUGCCUCCGGAUGAUUGCUGCAACGGCCCUGAUGGUCAAAGAUGCUAACAAACUGGCUAUGGGCCAAGAAUUACAAGUCACCACCCCCCAUGCUGUCGAAGGCAUCCUCCGACAACCCCCUGACCGAUGGCUCAGCAAUGCUCGGCUUACCCAUUACCAAGAGCUGUUGCUAAACCCCCUCAGAAUAAUAUUUAAGCCCCCGACAACCCUAAACCCAGCAUCGUUGCUGCCAGACCCAGACUUAAGUAAGCCGCUCCACAACUGUGCUGAAAUACUAGCCCAGGUGCAGGGAGUCAGAGAAGACCUCCAGGACCGACCGCUGCCAGAUGCAGAUCUCACCUGGUUCACUGACGGAAGCAGCUUUGUUCACCAAGGACAGAGGUAUGUGGGGGCAGCGGUAACCUCAGAGACUGAGAUAGUUUGGGCUGAGCCUUUACCUCCAGGAACAUCGGCUCAAAAGGCUGAGUUAAUAGACUUGGCACAAGCCCUGAAACUAGGCAAAGACCGUAAACUGACAGUAUAUACUGACAGCCGGUACGCAUUUGCCACCGCCCACAUACAUGGGGCUAUAUACAGAGAGAGGGGGCUUCUCACAGCUGAAGGAAAAGACAUUAAAAAUAAAGAAGAAAUCUUAAAUCUUCUGACUGCCCUUUGGGAACCCAGAAAGCUGGCCAUUGUCCACUGUCCGGGACAUCAAAAGGCCACUAACCCAGUCACUCGAGGAAACAACCUGGUUGACCAGACUGCAAAAGAAGUGGCUAAAACCACCCCCCAGCUACUGACCCUCCAGCUGCCUGAUCCCGGGCCCAGAGAGUUGCCCUUUCACCCAGAAUACUCAGAAGAAGACCUCCAGUGGAUAAGUAAACUCCCCGGAACACAGGUCAGUAAUCAGUGGUGGAAAGAUUCUAACAACAAUACCAUUCUUCCGGACAGGUUGGGGCAGCGAGUAAUAGCACAAAUCCACCGAAGCACUCAUCUGGGCCCGCGGCGGAUGUUAGAUUUGAUUCAACACACUGGACUAAAAAUUAAAAACGCCCCUAAGAAAAUAGACGCCACGGUUAAAAACUGUGUAGUAUGUCAACUGAAUAACGCUAGUCACGGGACCCAGACCUUGGGAAAAAGACAAAGGGGAGAUAGACCUGGUAUAUAUUGGGAAAUUGACUUCACUGAAAUAAAGCCAGGAAAAUAUGGAUACAAAUAUUUGCUGGUUUUUAUAGAUGCAUUUUCAGGAUGGGCAGAAGCUUUCCCGACAAAGAAAGAAACUGCACAGAUUGUAGCUAAAAAGAUUCUAGAAGAAAUCCUGCCCAGAUACGGCUUUCCAGUCAUGAUAGGGUCGGAUAAUGGGCCGGCCUUCACCGCAAAGCCCUACAGAGAGUUCAUGAGGAAGUCUGGCCCAAGCUAAAAGAACUAUGUGAAGCUGGGCCUCCACCCAUUCCACAUUAGUACAAACCGGGAGACUGGGUCCUCGUCAAACGCCACCGACAAGAAACCCUAGAGCCCCGGUGGAAAGGACCAUUCCAGGUGAUCCUGACUACGCCUACGGCCCUCAAAGUGGAAAGCAUCGCCGCCUGGAUUCAUCACACCCACGCCAAGCCUAUAGACCCGCUCUCGGACCUUGUUAUGUCCUCGACGGGAGAGACAACAACCUGGACAGUUGACCGGACCAAAGAAAACCCUCUAAAACUUGUUCUACGCUGUCAGCAACCUAAACUGUAACUAUGACACCUACCUCCUUUAUAACUCUUCUACUCUUAUGGAUCCCCUGUGGGGAGACCCAGGCAAACCCGGCAACAUCCCCUUUCGCUUGGCGUUUUUUCCUGACGGAGAACUGGACCAAUUAUGCUCAGACAGAACAAAAGGGCUAUGUAUUAGGCACUGCUGACUGUCCCCCUGGGAGUUGUAGCACUCCCAUCUAUCUAAAUUUCACUGAUUUUGUACACCAGCCAAAAAAGGCGGCACCCGCAAUUUGUUUUCUCUUUGACCAAUCACUCUCUUAUUGUAAUAACUCAUGGGUAGAACAAAGUGUCGGCUGUCCAUAUAGGUCCCGCAAAAUCCACACUGUUAAAAUCCUAAAAACUUCUGAGUCCCUGUCCAGUCAAACGUGGUGGUCACACAAUUUUUUUAAAACUACAUCAGGCUACACCUGGGUUAUCUGGGACCCCUGGGACUCCCGCUGGACUUCCCAGCAAAAAGGGGCCCAUGUACUUGACUUCAGGAACUACCUGGCCUAGUAGCCGUCUUUUUCUCUGGCGUUCCCUUGUUCAGAUCCAGACCACCCUACACGCGGCUAUACAGAACCAGGAAAAGGAAUUAAAUGUCCAGCUUUCAACUUUAACUCCUACCCGCCCCUUUUCCUGGUUAUCCCUAUUAAGAGAAGGGUUAGAGAUCGCAAACGCCACUGGCCUAGGCAAUCUCUCCGCCUGCUUUUUCUGCGCGGCUCUAGGGUGACCGCUGUUAACCGCAGUUCCACUUCCAGGCCGGUCUAACGCUUCUCUCAGCCUAAGCCCUAACAAUAGCCACAUACAACCCCCGAUCCCUGACGUCCCCUUGUUCCUAAACCCUGGACAGACACAAGUCUCCUUUUGUUAUUCCAAUGCCAGCACUACCCUCUGUAAUACAACUUCCACUCCCAACUCAACCCUCUUUGCCGCCCCCCCGCCCCCCGGUUCUUUCUUCUGGUGCAAUGGUACCGUAUAUAAGAACCUUUCCACUAAGGCCACUAUAACCCUACUGUGUCUCCCUGUCACGCUAGUCCCCCAACUAACCUUGCGCACCCCUGCAGAAUUUUCCAGGUGGGACUCCGCCCCUUUCCCUAGACCAAAACAAGCCAUAUUCCUCCCCUUAGUAGCCGGAGUCUCACUCACCACGUCCUUAGUUGCUGCAGGACUAGCCGGAGGAGCUUUAGGUCACUCCCUAUCAGCACUGCAAAACUCUCUCACCAAUUCUCCAUAGCUAUGGAAGCUUCCGCCGAAUCCCUUGCCUCAUUAUAGAGACAAUUGACUUCCCUUGCCCAAGUUACUUUACAAAACCGCGGUGCACUAGACCUGUUAACGGCCGAGAAAGGAGGGACCUGUCUUUUCCUCAGAGAAGACUGUUGUUUCUACAUAAAUGAAUCUGGACUCGUAGAAACGCGAGUCCAACAGCUACAUAAACUUAGCCUAGAAUUGCAGAAACAACAAUUCACCUCUGCUGCCAACAGCUGGUGGAAUUCCUCCAUGUACUCCCUUCUAGUGCCCCUCAUAGGACCAUUCAUAAGUAUACUUCUCUUACUCACUAUAGGACCAUGUAUAAUAAACAGAUUAACAAACUUUAUAAAAGAAAGACUCAACACUGUCCAGCUUAUGGUCCUGAGAGCCCAGUACCAACCUGUACUCACCGAGACUUCCGAGUCAGACACAUAAGACCCAAGAUUGGCUCUCCAGGUACUAGAGAGAGGGGGAAAUGAGAAGUGGAAAAAUACUGAAUAUCAGAGGUCAGAAAAAGUCAGGAAAUGCAAAACAACAAAGUUAUCUGGAAAGUCCCUA